GUGGAGGGAUACAGCGGAGGAACACGUCGCUAGCAGGUUAGCAGGUGCACAACGCAGAGAAACCACUAACAGGAGCCUGAAGAAGAGGAGGAUGAGGAUGAUGGCAUAACAUAUGGUGCUUUACCUGCUUUAACAACGACAGAAGCAAACGUUAACCUUGAGCUUUCUCUAGAAUAAUGCCACGAGUGGGUGCGAUCUGCUGACCUCCUUUCUCCAGAGUGACUGCAGGAUUUGUGUAUAGAAGCUAUUCACUCUAUUACCAACAGAAUGUCAGGUACCUACACACCAGCCCCCGGGGGGCCCUUCUCCGCUCUCACCCCGAGCAUGUGGCCCCAGGACAUUUUGGCAAAGUACCAUCAAAAAGAGUCCUCAGAACAGCCUGAACACCAGUAUGAUGAGUUUGGCUUCAGAGUGGACUCUGAAGACGAUGGGAAGCCCAGGUCCUGGCUGGGCUCUGAAGGCUCCCCCCAGCGUGAAGACCCCCAGCAGCGAUUGCGCUGGCAAGCCCACCUGGAGUUCACCCACAACCACACGGUGGGCGACCUGACCUGGGAGCUCAUUGAUCCCGUCCUCUCGCGCUCCGAGCGUCUGCGUUCCCUGGUGCUCGGUGGCAUACCGCACAGCAUGAGGCCACAGCUAUGGAUGCGUCUGGCUGGAGCGCUGCAGAAGAAGAGGACCUCUGAGAUCUCUUACAGAGAAAUCAUUAAGAACAGUUCCAACGAUGACACCAGCUCAGCUAAACAGAUAGAGAAGGACCUGUUACGGACUAUGCCAACCAAUGCGUGUUUCUGCAAUAUGACCAGUGUGGGAGUGCCGAGGCUCAGACGGGUACUGAAAGGCCUGGCCUGGCUCUACCCAGACAUUGGGUACUGUCAGGGCACUGGCAUGGUGGUUUCCUGUCUACUGCUCUUUCUUGAGGAGGAGGAUGUGCUAUGGAUGAUGUGUGCCCUGAUCGAAGACCUCCUUCCUCCAUCCUACUUCUCCUCCACUCUGCUGGGCGUCCAAACGGACCAGAGGGUUCUCCGCCAGCUCAUCGUUCAGUACCUGCCGGCCCUCGACCGUCUUCUGCAGGAGCACGACAUCGAGUUGUCACUGAUCACACUGCACUGGUUCCUGACAUCAUUCGCCAGCGUGGUGGACAUCCGUCUUCUCCUUAGGAUCUGGGAUCUGCUUUUCUACCAGGGCUCACUGGUGCUCUUCCAGGUCACUCUGGGCAUGCUCAAGAUCAAGGAGGAUGAGCUUGUGUCAUCAGAGAACUCCGCGUCCAUCUUUAACACUCUGUCGGACUUGCCGAGCCAGCUGAGAGACGGGCCCGCGGUCCUCGGGGAGGCUAUGAGACUAGCGGGGACACUGUCCCAGGAAACACUGGAAGCCCACCGGCACAAGCACCUCGCCUACAUCCUGAACGAACAGGCACAGCUCAACAACGGCAACAACACAACACUCAACACCAAUCUCAACAAGGUGGUGAGGAGACAGUCCCUGCGCAGGAAGUCCACCCUGAGCUCCCUGCUGUUUGGGGAGGACGAGGCAGAGGCCCUGAAAUCCAAGAACAUUAAGCAGACAGAGCUGGUGGCAGCCUUGAGAGAGGCCAUAGCUCGCACUGCAGAGCACUUCCACUGUCUGGACCCACGUCACUCCAGCACUGACCUGACCCCUGACUACUCCAUGGAGAGCCACCAGCGAGAUCAUGAAAACUUUCUCGUGGUGUCUCGCAACCGACGGAGACGGGCAAAGGCUUUGCUGGACUUUGAGCGUCAUGAUGACGACGAACUGGGCUUCAGGAAGAAUGACAUCAUCACUAUCAUCUCACAGAAGGAUGAACACUGUUGGGUUGGAGAGCUAAAUGGCCUUAGAGGUUGGUUUCCAGCAAAGUUUGUGGAGAUCCUAGAUGAAAGAAGCAAAGAGUACUCGUUAGCAGGUGAUGACUCUGUGACGGAGGCAGUGACCGACCUGGCCAGAGGCACUCUGUGUCCGGCACUCAAGGCCAUUUUCCAGCACGGUCUCAAGAAGCCAUCUAUACUGGGAGGGCCUUGUCAUCCUUGGUUGUUCAUAGAAGAGGCGGCCAGUCGAGAGGUAGAGAGGGACUUCAACUCCGUCUACUCCAGACUGGUGCUGUGUAAAACCUACAGGUUAGAUGAAGAUGGGAAAGUCCUAACACCAGAGGAGCUGCUCUACAGAGCGGUGCAGUCAGUCAACAUGAGCCACGACACCGCACACGCUCAGAUGGACGUCAAGUUUAGGUCUCUCGCCUGCGUCGGCCUCAAUGAGCAGGUGCUGCACCUGUGGUUGGAGGUGUUGUGCUCCAGCAUGCCGGCUGUAGAAAAAUGGUAUCACCCGUGGUCGUUCCUUCGCAGUCCUGGAUGGGUACAGAUCAAGUGUGAGCUCAGAGUCCUGUCAAAGUUUGCCUUCAGCCUCUCCCAAGAUUGUGAGCUACCGGAAAAGAAAGAGGAGAAGGAGCAGAGACCUCUGAAAGAGGGAGUACAAGACAUGUUGGUGAAACAUCAUCUCUUCAGCUGGGACAUCGACGGCUAGACGGACGCAGCAGCAACACACACGGCUGAAUCCCACUCUGUCCUACGUUGUCUGUGUAUAUUUGAUGUCUCUCUUCACCUGUUUCUCACAGAUUGUAAAUUAGACGAGCGUUGUCUGCUACAGUAAGUGACUACUGCUGAAGUACGUGUGCAUUAAGGUGCACACUUUAUUUAAAUCCCAGUGUAGGAGGUUGCACUACACGGUGAAAACUAUAUCUAAAAGUACAGAAUAGUCUGUACUCUGGAGCGCUCAGCGUGUCCCUAACAGUAAGUAUUCCUUCAGUACUCACUGCUCAUAGUUCAUAGCUAACCGAGUGCCCGUUUUGUGACUCGUGCAUCGGCCGUGUGUCUGUAAAACGCAGCACGACAAACACUGGGCCUUUUAUUAACACGGUCCUUAAUCCCCAAAUGUUAAGACCAAAACACAACAUUCCUAAACACGGAGCUGUAAAGUUACAGAUUACUAUUAUUUUUGAGAGGAAUGCAGCUUACCUCAAUAUCAUGAACUCCACAGAAUAUCUCAUUGAAUACUAAUGUUGCACAUGCCGAGUAAAGCCUUUUCUAAUUGUAAUACAACACUAUGGGUGUGUGUGUGUGUGUGUGUGCGCUACCUUAACAGUGGUAGUGAACACUUGUAUGACAUCAUGUAAAUGAAGCAGAUAAAUACUUUUGUUUGUGUUACAAUCUAUAGUAAAUAAAUGUUACAUAGAAUAUAGAAUGUUUUUGUAUAUAAAGUAAAGUUGUGUCUAAAUGUGCAGGUUAAAGAAAUCCAACAUUAUCAUUCUUACUGUAACGCUACCUUUUAGUUCUGACUUAAAGCUGCACAUGCAUCAGAAAACA